AUGUAUGAUCAAACACUCAGUGAUAACAAAAAGGUUCGAGACAAGGCACUUAAGGCAUUUUCUGACAUUCUAGAUCCUUGGCUAGCGGGAUUCGAAGGAGUUGGAAUCGAGAUAAGGAGUUAUAAACCGGAGGAUAAGCAAGCUCUCCUGACGUCAACCAUACCGGCGACCCUCGUUGAUGCACCUGAUGCUACUCAUAGAAGAUUGGACUCAGAUUCGCUAAACACUCUCAACGCACAACUCAACAAGGAUAUCCCCGAUGACGGUGAUGUUACUGGUGCAGGAUGGGACCAAAAGAAGAAGAAAACCUACGCGAGUCUGCUAGGUUCUCCGGCUUUGCAAAAGAUAGAAGCAGAAUUGGACAAGAUUGAGGAUGAAAUAAACAGCUUGAAAGCUGAUGCGCCCUCCAUUGCUCUCGCUGGUUUGCAGAAAGAAUGGGGCCUCGUCAAGAAGAGGCUUGACGAGGAAGAGACACGGACUGUGAUCGGGGUCAAAGCUGCAGCCAAUUCCAAAUUGAAGGAUAAAACCAUCAAAGUAUUACAAAGUGUAGAUUUUGUCGACACGGAUGUUGAUACCGACAAUCUUCCUGGUGUCUUUUAUCUCGCCACUGAACCACCUUCACCGAUGUCCAUUAGUCCUACGAAAGUUGAUACUCUUUCUCUUGUACCCGAUCUCGAUACUGGCAUCCAUCGCAAUCGAGAACAAAAUUGGCAACAAUUUAUCCUAGGCUAUCCGCAAACAGCGUCUCGCUAUGACACGGGCGCGUUAAACUUUCAGUCCAGGCCGAAGAAAGAAGGGACUACCCCGGGUUACGUUCCACCGCCGGCUAAUUUCAAUGGCCCUUUUACGAUUCCAUCGAUGUUCGAAUACCAAGACGCUGCUGCCAAAUACUUGGGAAACUUGACUCCAACUUGGGAUGCUUUGUUAAAUGCAGUCAAGACCUACCCGAGGCCAUUUCUGACAGCAGUUCUUGCACGCAUUGAGAGAGGUGUAAGAUUUGAGCCUGAUCAAGAAUUCGAUACGCUUAACGAAGUAGCAAAUGGUAUGGAGGUAAAAUUGGUGCCGCAAGAACUCGGUGUCCUCCGGGAACUAACCGAACCAUCUUGGAACUGUCAUUGGCUACCAUAUCCUCCGGUCGCAGAUGACAACGAAGAUGUGCCUAGACAAAUUCUCGAUGAGUUUGAAAGAGAUAUCGAAGCACUACCAGAACCUGAGAAACCUCCGUACUGGGGUAUCAGAGAAGGGCCGAGUGAACCACCGAUAGGUACUUAUCCAUUGAGCCAGAGAGAUAUUCGUACAGUCAACAAGUAUGAUCCCGUGUCAAGAUUUCGAACAGGGCUUCAACCCGAACUUGAACUUGGCUUCGAGCUCGAUCCGUUUGCCGGCUAUGGAAUUCACUGGGAUGAAGCAACCAACACCUUCAGCGUUCAAUAUAAUGCGGCUCGAUUCACAGGACCUCCAAUUAUCCAGCCUAAUCUCUACAGUUUCAUCGAAAAGGCGGCUUUCAAAUUUGGCAGAGCAAUCGCUUUGUAUACGGAAGAACUCACAAUGGAUGAAAGGCACUACACGCGAGAACUCAGCCUCGAAGUUGUUCACCAGAGUUACUCAGAUACAAUGAAACGCUUAGAAGGCAAAGAGCUACAUCCUGGGGAACCCAACGUACCUCCCGCGAAUCCCAACCCAAACAAUAUAACUCUAAUUCGCAUCGCCUCUGAUCUCUACAAGGUCGCCCCUGACAUUUUCACCGACCAUGGUCUCAAUCUCGAAACACUUCUCGACUCCUCUGUCCCUUAUUCCACCCGUUUGCAAUACUCCGCUCUAGUUAUUCAAACUCAAGUCAUCGAAGAACUGAAUAAUAACUGGGAAUCUCGUUUCCCCAUUAAAGAAAAUGUUUGGGGAUUCGCCCGUGAUAGAUUGAUCAACCCUGUACGCACUGUAGUCGCGGGUCGCACUUUUACAGAAUAUCAUAGACCGCGUCAAUAUUUCAGUAUGCGAAGAUGGCCACCAUGCGAACAGAGUGCUGCUAGUCAGCAGAUCAUCAAGUCGAAUGAAGAGAAGAAGAUGGAUUCGUUGAGGAAAAAGCAAGAGCCGGUACAUAUUGGGGGCGCACCACCUAAUUUCCCAUUCGGAGAGACGCCUUAUCAACAGGCUUAUCAGAGUUGGAGGAUCACGGAGGAUUUGAAAAGAUGUUCCCGAGUUCAACCCUAA